CCGCGCUCCGGACCCGCAGCCCCCGCCGGCCCAGCCGGGUCGGGCGGCUCAGGGCGGCACCUUCCUAUUUCUCCCUGGCCGCAGCCCUCCCCUAACAGUUGAGCAUCUGUUUGCCUGAAGUUAAUUUCCAGAAGCAGGAGUCCCUAGAGCUGGGCCAGGGGGAUGAACCGCGAGGGAGCACCCGGGAAGAGUCCGGAGGAGAUGUACAUUCAGCAGAAGGUCCGCGUGCUGCUCAUGCUGAGGAAGAUGGGGUCAAAUCUGACCGCCAGUGAAGAGGAGUUCCUGCGCACCUACGCAGGCGUAGUCAGCAGCCAGCUGAGCCAGCUGCCACAGCACUCCAUCGACCAGGGUGCAGAGGACGUGGUGAUGGCAUUUUCCAGGUCAGAGACAGAGGACCGGAGGCAGUAGCUGUAAGCCCCUUGGAACACCCUGGAAGCUGUCAAGGGCCAAGAGAUCUUCGUGGCUCCUGGGUCAGCUGAGUGGCAUCAGACCAACCUCUCCCUUUCUUCUCCUCUCCCCCCUCCACACCCCCUGCCACUCAGCAGGACUGGCAUCAUGAUGCCAGUUGUGGUUUACAGUCGUGGUUUGGCUUAAAGGGAUGGACUUGUGAUUGGCUGCAAGAAGAAACCUUUUUAUUUUUAAAUCUUGACCAACGAAAACCUUUUAUUUUUUAUUUCUGACUUAUUUUUUUAAAAUUUUGCGCCUCGGUAUCUUGCUUCCUUGGAAGCUCUCCGAGCUCUGGUGCUUUAUUUAGGUCAUUUUUUUUUUUUUUUAGGGAUGUAAGGAGGCCCAAUUGGCUGCUUAAACUGGAAAAGGAUUAUGAUUGGCUGACUGGUGGGAAAUGGUCUUUCCUUUGAUUGGCUGCAGGUAUUCUGCUGAUCUCAACAGCUUCUCUGGUGUGAAUGCAGAACACAGGGUUUGGGACAUUGGUUGUUGUGUUGCUUGAAAAACAAAAAGAAACCAAAUGAGCCUUGCAGUAUUUAUUACACAGAGACCUGCCGCCACCUUCACAUGUUAGGUUUAUGUUUGACUUUGAUUGGCGUUAGAUAUGUGGGUUUGGCUUCCUACUGCCUCAUCCCUGACUCCCAUUGCCAUGGAUUCACCUCUUCUUAUUCAGGGCCAGAGAGGAUCCACCUGGAGAUGGCAUAUGCAUGAAUGACCACACCUGCCUCCCUCAGUAAAGUGACCCCAAGCAGGAUUCACAGCUGGAAAACAGGAUCCCCAAGGAGCUUUGUGUUGUCCUGAACCAGCAGCCCAGAGCUCAAGGGGGAACCAUGUGAGGCAGGUUUUAUGUGCAUCGCUGCCACACAUUGGCAGUCAAGAGUGCUAGCUGGGCACCUCCAUACUCUCUGUCACUUAUGUCCCACUUCUCCAGCCUUAGCUUCACCAGAUCCUGGAGCCUUGAAUCUUCACAGAAGACCCAGGUUUGCCAGAGGCCUUGGCCCCAAACACUAACCAGGUCCAACCUUACCAGCAAAGGUCUACAGCUGAAGCAGUGGGUUCCAGGAAGCAGGUGUUUGCUUGUCUGAGACCAAACCCCCAUUGCACUGUCUCCACAUUUACCUGGAAAGGACUGCAAUAUGGCUUGUUUAUGAAGUGACCACCAAGAGGGCUGCCUGGGCCUUUAGUGAGUGGGCCCUACCAGGUCAGUCUGUGGACGUAGCCCAGUGUCACAUUUCAGAGCAGCUCCUGAGAAGAUGGGCACAGGUCUAGUGUUGCUAUAGGAACCUAGAUAUCUCCACCCCACUCCAUCCCUGGGGGCAUAGAGAAAGGUGGUAUAGGUGGCUGAGGUCCCUUUCUUGCCCUGGGUACCUGGAACCAGGGUAACAGUCUUAGAGCAUCUUUCUCCCUCUUAGGGUGUGGGCCUCCCUUGUAUGAGGGAAUGCAGGAGCCUCAUGCCAACAUUGUUUGGGAUAUGGCCUGGGGCACCCCAUUGAUGGUGGGUGGUUUGCACCAGCAGCCUUGUUCCAAAAAGAGGCUAGAAUUCAAGUGUCAAGGCUAAGACCCAUGGCCUCCAACACACACAGGCCCCUGACUUAGCUAAAAGCAACCUGCCAAGGCCAUGGAUUAACACAGAAUGAGGACAGUGGAGAAUAGAGCUACAGUGAACCUCAGCCUGGCCAGGAGGCGCAGUAUGUACAGGUGUAAUAGGAAUGUGUGCACAAAUUCACACACGUGUAUUCACUUUCCCAGUUCAUUAUGGCCUGGAGCUCUAGCAGAACCCCUGGGCAAAGAUGGGAUUUUUCAGUCUUCCUUACCCAGGAAAUAACAUCCGGAGGUUUAGGUGUUGCCAGCCACCCUUCUCUUUAUUCCUGUAACUCCCAAGGGCCCACCAGCACCCUGGAUUAUGGUGUGUUCUCUGACCUACUUGUGAUCACCUGUAACAUUACAUGACAUCCCUGGCCUGGCUUGUCUGAAGAAGAAAAGUCACAUAUUGCUGUGGCUUCGGACUCUGACUGAAAGUAUAACUACUGGAGAAAAAAAUUAACAAUAAAGAUUUUUCAUAGCCUGGCUGGUGAGCUGA